AUGUCUCAGUUGGGCAAGCCAGUUGUUUUGGUGAACGUGCUUUUCCUCGUGGUGGUUCUGGUCGCGUUAUUGGGUGCGCUUCCUGUCCUUAUGGUUGUGCUUGCGUGGCUCUUUGGCAGUCGCAACCUUGUGGUAGUUGGUAGCAUGGCCGUCCCUGGCCCAGGCGUACUUUUCGGUGUGAGAUUUCUGGUGGCGCAAGCGCAGCAAGCUUAUGCGGAGGAGGAGGCAUCGGCGAGAGUUUGCUUGGUUCAGCGGACAAAGUGUCUACAAGCCAUGUUUGAGCAAAUUUGGCAGUCGCUCGUCGUGAACCUCACAGACAGCAACUUCCAGGAACUUGUGGCCCGCGGCGAAAGUAGGCUGUGGGUGGUGAAGUUCUACGCGUCCGUUCUUAUGCUGGCCGCCACCUGGGAGCAGCUCGCAAAAAAGUUGGAUGGUCAAGUCAACGUGGCGAAGGUGGAUUGCGCAGAGUCGCAAUUCGUGGCGAACAUGUUUGACGUGCAUGGCUACCCGACCCUGAAGCUGAUUUCGCAGGUAUGGCUUUUCUGGACGCAGAAGUUUGGAGAGUUUCGAGCCAUGGGCUCUACAAGGUCAUCAAGGUCAAGACGGGGAUGUGUACCCCUUUGA